GCGCGAGGCACUGCUUCUCAUGAUCUCACUCAGGAGCUCCUCACAGCACAUCCGACAGCCAGCGCCUGAACCGCUGCUAAACUUCACUCUUCGAGAUAAAAUAUUACAUUUAUGACUAUAACUUUACGUCAUAUCAGGAUGAAUUUGUUGAAAAUUAUCUACUUCAACGUUAUUGUCCUCAUUCAUCACUGCAUGGAAAAAGGAGAGAGCAAAACCCUGCUUACACAUGAUGCUUAUUACCCCGAGUAUGUGCCAGAUCGACAGCCAUGGCAUGUUGCCCGCAGACUCUGCCUCCAGCGUUCAGGGUCCUUGGUGAUGGUGUCCAGUAUUGAAGAGAUUCAAAAGUUAAACCGUUUUCUACGGUCCCUGAAUAUCACCCAACCUGUAUGGAUAGAAAGUGCAGGCAUGUUCCAAAAAAAUGGUCCUCCAGACAUAUACAUGCUGGAAUUUCCAGUGCGUCCACACCGGAAAUCGGCUCGCCUCCGCCACAAGUUCCUUAACAUGGAAGCGCUUACCGUUUGUGCUCACCUCCAGCUUGAUCCCACUUGCCACGGACUGUCCACAGUCUUCUCGUACGCCAUUAGCUCGUUCAUUAAAGAAUUCCAACUCCAAGCACAAAUCACUGGGAACGACCUGGUCCACCUUGCAUUGCUGGUGCAUGGUUCAACCACCACCUACAUAACUGGCUUUCCCAGUGAUGCCUCCUGGCAUUUUGUUUGCGCGAGUUGGGUUGGGAAUAGUGGAAAGUGGGUCAUCUGGGUGAAUGGAACGGUUGUGGGUUCUGGGAAUUCCCUCAACUCAACCAAUCACAUUGAAGGCGAUGGCCUUUUCAUGAUCGGACAAGACCAGGAGACCUACGGAGGCUACAACGGCGACAAGGCGCUUUGUGGAAACGUUACGCAACUGUACAUGUGGGAUCGUUUGUUAGUCGACACUGAGAUUAAAAGCAUGGAAAAACUUUGCUCAACUGUCCCUUCUGGUUUGUUCUUCAAGUGGAAUGAGUCCUUACUGGAAAUAGAGACGUCCCUGCAGACUCGUAGAGGGAGAUCGCUGUGUGAAGGUUCCAAAAUCCAACCACAAGACCAGCUUGUCAACUCUGGGUUGUAUCCAAGUUUGCAUCACAAUUCUUCCAACAUUUCUCCCAAGACCUGUGUAGCUUUUGACCCUGCAAGUGGAAAACAGCAGCUGGACUUUGGUUUUCCUGGAACCUCGUUCUUCUCACAAGUCAGCAAUGAGAUUUAUUCCAAACCUAAGGCAAAUGUAACCUCAUUCGUUGAGAAUGAUCUGACUCGUCAAGUUUCCCUCUUGAGUGCCAUAUUGAGUGUUAUGGACAGCAAAGCAGACAUCAUCACACAUUCUGAUCUUUUGUACCUCACCGAGACCAUUGAGAAGGCCACUCAACUCAAUAAAAUAGCCGUUCCCACUGAAGUCUUCAUAUCUAUGAUCCGCAAUUGCUUGGAACUGGUCAGCAGGCUCAUCAACCCUGAUAUGGCUGAACAUUGGGGGGAUUUGAUAGCACAAGGGAAUUACCUAGGACCUUUGACAAUGCUGGAGAACAUCGACAAGCUCUUGUGGAGACUGGCAGAUGCUCUCUGGAUCGAGCACAAAAGCUUCACAAUGUCAACAAAGAACAUGGAUAUUCAUCUGGAGCCACGGAAGCUGGCGCAGAUGAGCUGCGGUUGUGUGUUCAAGCCCUCGGUUCACGCCAGUCAGUUCAGCAGCGAUGAUGAGAUCCUCAUACCAGAGUCAGAAAUUCAGAGGGUCUUUUCUCUGGGCCACAAGGAAGUGAUGCUUAUUCAUACCUACUACAGUAACUUGUUAGAGAUGUUGUCUAGACUGGAGGUGAAAACCCUUGCUGACCAACAGGCAGACAAGAGGCAUCACAUUGGUCAGCUGGCCACAGCAGUAAUCUCAGCAACAGUGCGGGAUGUUUCCAGGGCAGAAAAUGUUCCGGUCUCUGUCCAGUACACCCUAUCUUCUGUGAUAAUGGCCGAAUAUUCCAAACAAGUCAGCCCUGUCUGCGUCUUUUGGAAUAUCAUGGUGGGUCAUACAAGUGCUUGGUCCAGUAAAGGGUGCAGAGUGCUGCUUUCUCCUUCUGAUGUCACUUCCUGCUUCUGCAACCACACCACCAAUUUUGCUGUCCUCAUGAAUUAUAUGGAGCACAGGUGGAGUGCUAAAGGGGAGAGCAUUUUGACGAAGCUGACGUUUAUCGGAACCGGAGCGUCUCUCUGCGCACUGGUGGUGACCUUGGUGCUGUUUACCGUGUUAGACAUCCCGAAAUCGGAUCGGACAUCAGUCCACAAAAAUCUUUUUGUGUCUUUGACUUGUGCUCAAAUUGUCCUUCUCUGCAGUGGUUCUGCUGUUCAUAAUAAGGUGGCCUGCAUGCUUGUGGCAGCUCUGAUGCAUUUGUUCUUCAUGGCAGCGUUCAGCUGGAUGCUGGUCGAGGGGCUGCUGCUCUGGAGCAAAGUAGUGAGCGUUAAUUUGAGCGAGGACCGACACAUGAAAUACUACUACCUGAUUGGCUGGGGUCUGCCUGUGCUGAUCGUGACCAUCACACUGGCCUCUGCCUCUGGGAAAUACUCAGCGGACGGUCACUGCUGGCUCAGUGUUCAGAACGGCGUCAUAUGGGGCUUUGCAGGCCCAGUCAUCUUCAUUAUUAUGGUGAAUAUCAUGAUUGUGUCCCGUGUGGUCAUGAUCACCAUCGCCACAGCCAAGAGGAGAUCUUUGAUGAUGACCCUGAACACCGGCCCAGAAGAGCAAGUCUCCGAGCAGAUAAGGGCGGCGGUGAAAGCCGUACUGGUCCUGCUGCCGAUCCUGGGCCUGACGUGGCUCUGUGGCGUCCUGGUGCCGUUCUCCCUGGUUAUGGCUUACGUCUUUAGCCUCCUGAACUCGCUGCAGGGCCUCUUCAUCUUCCUGAUAUAUGGAGUGUACAACACUGAGGUUCGAAACACAGUCAACAGAAUCAAAGAAAGAAGAAAGGCCUUAAAUUUCUCUAACUGUGCCAGUUCCAGGCCCUCCAGUUCAGUGGGCAGUUCUCGGCCGGGCAGCUCUCCAGUACCAGGUGGUUUGGACGGUCAAACAGUCACUACCAGCCACUCCAGCAGUUCACUGACCCACAGUGAUAGCAUCACCCAGAGUUUCGACAAAACAAGGCAUCUGUCCCUCCCCUGUGUCCACGACAAUCUAAAUGAAGACCUGCGAUGUCCUGACACUGGUGUCCACCUCUCUGGACAGAUUCCCCAUGGUAUGAAUCAGUUUGAAGUGUACACAGUGCAUGAGGCACCCCUUCACGCUCAAGGUCACAGGCCUUGGCGUGCACACACCGGUUCCUGCUUGAGAAGUGAGGAAAGGAGGGCGCAGCUUAUUGAUAAUUGGCAGUUUGGUGUGAACUAGCAUUGUGUCAUAGUGUGACACGUCCCAUGAUGCAAGAGUCAUGAUCACUCUCAGCUGUGAAAAGGCAGUCUUUUCUUCGAUCAGAUCCUCUCCAGUGCUGAGAUCUCCACAUGUUGAUUCCAUCGGAC